AUGCCUCACGCUACAGAGCCGCAGUUGCUGAGGCUGAACAACGCCAACCUGUCGGAGUUGGAGCACGCCACAGUACCCACCUAUGACCGCGCCAGCAUCAAGCAUGGCAUUGUCCACGUUGGCGUUGGUGGUUUCCACCGCGCUCAUUUGGCGGUUUACGUGGACAGCCUUCUUGAGCAGCUCAAGCUCAAGGACUGGGCAAUCUGCGGUGUCGGUCUGCAGCCUUUUGACGCCGAGAUGAGGAAUGCUCUGGCCCCCCAGGACAACCUUUACACAGUCAUUGAGCGUUCUGCACCCGGAUCGAAGGCCCGCGUUAUUGGCAGUAUUACAGACUACCUGUUCGCUCCCGAUAACGCUGAGGCUGUUAUCGCCAAGAUGGCUCAUGAGGACACCCACAUCGUCUCCAUGACCAUCACAGAGAGCGGUUACUUCUACAACGAGAACACUCACGAGCUCAUAACUGAGCACCCCGACAUGGCAGCCGAUCUUGCUGGCGCAUCUCCUCCCCGCACUUUCUUUGGUUUUGUCUACGCUGCGCUGGCGCGGCGUUACGAAGCUGGCUUGAAGCCUUUCACUGUUUUGUCUUGCGACAACAUGCAGAAGAACGGUCAUAUCACCCGCGACAUGCUCCUCGCGUUUGCUAAGCACCGCAACCCUGAUGUCGCCGCCUGGCUUGCUCAGAACGGUGCUUUCCCCAACUCUAUGGUUGACCGCAUUACCCCCAGGACUGUCGAAGAGGAUGUCCAUAACCUCCGUGAGGAGUUUGGUAUCGCGGACGCGUGGCCUGUCGUCACCGAGCCCUUCAGCCAAUGGGUUGUUGAGGACAAGUUCUGUGAUGGCCGCCCCGCUUUCGAGAAGGUUGGUGUCCAGGUCGUCGCGGAUGUCAAGAACGUCGAGCAAUUCGAGCUUAUGAAGCUUCGCCUGCUCAAUGCCUCUCACUCUGCUAUGGGAUAUGCCGGAUACCUCGGCGGAUUCCAAUACAUCCACGAGACUAUUGGCCAUCCCACCUUCCACAAGUACAUCUCCAACAUGAUGAACGAGGAGGUCAAGCCUCUGCUCCCCAAGAUUCCCGGCGUCGACGUCGACGAGUACAUCAAGACCCUGAUCGGCCGCUUCUCCAACCCUACCCUCAAGGAUGAGAUCACUCGUAUCUGCCUUGGCGGCUCUGGCAAGCUGCCCCAGUUCAUCAUGCCCUCGAUAGCCGAGCAGAUCGUUGCUGGCGGACCCCUCCGUCGCCUUACUCUCGCGACUGCUGCCUGGUUCCGCUACCUCCGGGGUAUCGACGAGCAGGGUCGCGACUUCCAACUGUCUUUCGACCCCAGGAACGAGGAGCUGCAGCGCAUUGCCCGUGAUGAGGGCAACCCAAUGAAGCUUCUCAGCAUUGGAGACCUCUUCGGUGACGAUCUUCGUGGCGAUGAGCGCUUCGUCAAGGAGCUUACCGAGGCUUACAACAGCCUUGAGCGUGAGGGUGCUAUGAAGACCCUCGAGAAAACUGCAUAG